AUGGCGGGAAGAGGACGCAAGAGCGGUUACAAUCUCAGGAGUAGCAGCCAAACAGAUUUGAGAGCUUUUGGAAUAACGUUGGAGAAAAAACAAGAAAUGAGCGAAAAUAAAAAAAGUGAUAAGGGAAAUCUAAGCGAUGGUGAAAUAUUCUCAGAUGAUGAAAUCAAUGAACUUGAUAAUACAUUGAUAGAGGUAGAUGCUGAAAUUCAUCAGGAAAAAACAGAAGUGGGAGAAAACAGUAUGGCUGAUGAAAGAAAAGAGACAGAGAAAGACGGAGAAGAUGAAGCACAAUCACAAGACAAUAGCGGCAGUAGUACACCGCCAAAAUCAAGGAGUGAAAAUAACGAACUAAAAGAUGGCGCUAAAAAGCAAGAAUUAAAUGUAGCAAGCGGGCUAAGUGAGAUAACCGAGCAACUGACGAGAACACUUCUGGAAAAAAUAAGUGAAGAAAAUAGAAGGAAAGAAAAUGAGUGGGAAUUAAUGCUCAGCGCAACCCUAAAUGACAUCAACGACUCCAACAGAACUGGGGUUAAACUACUACUGCAAAAAAUGAACCAGCUAGAAAAAUGUGACAGAGAAAAAAGAUCACAAUCAUGUAACAACUGUAAACUAGCUAGAGAAAAAGAAGAGAAAAUAAAAAAAGAAGCAGGAGAAGAGAAAAAGAAAUGGGAAAAAGAAAAGGAGACACUUGUUGAAAGAUAUCUGAAAGCAGAAAGUAGAGUGAGAGAACUAGAAAGCGCGAAAUACAGCGCGAGACGUGUUGACACAGGGCGAAGAGCAUCAUUGAUACACAACACACAAUACAGAAACGAAGAUUACGUUAUGGAUGAAUAUACGCAAUACAUGCUAGAUGAUGCCAGAGCACGUAGUGAUCAAAAGAGAAGUGUAAGCUGGAGCAGAGCGACAACUAGAACGACAAAUGAUUAUGAAGAAAGAAAAAAAAGAGAAAGAGCAAGGAGCGGUCAAGACGGAGAUAAACAACCUAGACCACUCACAGAAAAAGAGAUAGAAGAGGAAAUGAAGAAAAGAGAAAAAAAAAGACUUUUUCUGGUAAUAAAACAUAAUUGCAAAACCAACACAGAGGCAAUAAAUAUUAUAAAAGAAAAAAUAGGAUACCAGGUGAACGGGAACUCAGUGAAAAAAAGCACGGAGGGUAUGUUAACACUAAAAAUGAACAGUUUAGCAGAGAAACAAAAAUUGAUGAGUGAAAGAGUCAAGCUAAGAGGUACAGACGUCUACCUGGACGACGAAUUAACAGAAAGAGAAAUUGAGGUGGCAAAAUGGUUGAGAGAGAUCGAAAAGGAGCAGAGAGAGAAGAAUGUAAUGGUGAAAAAAGGUUAUAUGAAAAUAUGUAUUGAUUAUACCUGGAAAUAUUGGGAUGAAAGAAGAGGUUUGGACGACGAAAAAAAUAGUAGAGAUUGA